AGGAAAGAAAAGAGAAAAGGAAGGUUGUAAAUGCGCGUGAUUAUAAUAUGAACCAAUUUGAUGAACAAAAUUUUGUAAGAGGAAGAAAACCAUUUAUUGGAAUGAACGGAGCACCAGAAACGGACGAUCAACAGCGAAUGCGAUUCCAAGUGGAAUUGGAAUUUGUUCAAUGUCUAGCUAAUCCAAAUUAUUUGAAUUUUUUAGCUCAACGAGGUUACUUUAAAGACUCAACUUUCAUUAAUUAUUUAAAGUAUUUACUGUAUUGGAAAGAGCCAGAAUAUGCAAAAUACUUAAAGUAUCCAAUGUGUCUUUACUUCCUUGAUCUUUUGCAAUAUGAGCAUUUUAGACGAGAAGUUGUUAAUUCACAGUGUACUAAGUUUAUCGACGAUCAACAAAUUUUACUUUGGCAACAUUACACAAGAAGACGAACAAGACUAUUACAAUCUGCUGCUGAACAAGUACAACAUAAUCCUCAACAAAAUAAUGGAAUUGCACAGCCAAAAGUUCUUUGAAAUUAUAAUUAAAUGAACGUAAUAAACGUGAUUUUCUUUUAUUUGGUAAUGUGAAUUAAAAUAAUAAUGAAGCGUAAGCUUAAUUUUAAGACUCAAAUUACUUUGUUCCUAAGAAUCUAUGAUUAAUGAAGAUCAUUAGAUUCUUCUGUGAUAACUCAUUAAUAAAACAAUUUUUAUAUUUA